AUGCCGUCUCCAUUCUUGACGCCGAGCGCCACGGCCGACGCAGAUGGUCUCGCCCUUUUGCAGCUGCGUCGCGAUCAGAUUAUUCCAACUAUCCUCCGGACAUAUGACGACGAGAACCAAGGCUACCUCGAAGGAAAAGUGACAAACACCCGAUUUGGGUCCUUCCCACACAGUACCCUCAUCGGCAAACCCUGGGGCUCACAAAUUGUCGCCUCAAAAGUCGACACAGGCUCGCGCGGCCGCAGAAACACUGCAAAGCGCAAGGCCGAAGAGCUGGAAGGAUCCGCCGCGUCGACACCCGCAGAAGAUGAGAAGCCCGAAUUGAAGACCGCCGUCGCUGCAACAAGUGGUUUCCUCCAUGUUCUCGCCCCAACCCCCGAAGCCUGGACCCUCUCUCUCCCCCACCGCACCCAAGUCGUCUACACACCCGACUACAGCUACAUCCUCCACCGACUGCGCGCACGACCCGGAAGCACAGUCAUCGAAGCCGGAGCCGGUAGUGGCUCCUUCACACACGCGGCUGUGCGCGCCGUGUUCAAUGGAUACCCCGAAACAGCACAGGCGACAAAAAAGCGCCGCCUAGGAAAAGUGUGCAGUUUCGAGUUCCACGAGCAGCGCGUCGGAAAGGUACAAGCAGAACUCAAGGACCACGGACUCGACGGGUUGGUGGAGGUUACGCAUCGCGACGUGUAUGAAGAUGGUUUCCUACUGGGUGAUCCCAAGACCGGCCAAUCGCCCAAGGCCAACGCCGUUUUCCUGGAUUUGCCCGCGCCCUGGUUGGCACUGAAGCAUCUCACACGCAAUCCUCCCUCCGGCGAGUCAGCGCUCGACCCGUUAUCACCUAUCUAUCUGUGCACUUUCUCCCCUUGUCUCGAGCAAGCCGAACGCACAAUCCGCACUAUGCGCCAGUUAUCAUGGCUGAACAUCUCCAUGGUGGAGGUCGCCCAGCGUCGGAUUGACGUGCGGCGGGACCGUGUCGGGUUGGAUACUGAAGGUGUGCGUGGUGCAACUCUUUAUCCGAAGACCGUCGAUGAGGCAGUCGACAAGCUGCGCAGUGAUGAACAGCGCGCCAAGCGCAUCCGUGAGCACCGGGCUAACAGGGAAAACCCUGAUUACCAACCUAUUGUGGAGGAUCUGCCGGCUUAUAAGGACGCUGCUUCUGAUGUACCUUCAUAUGCUCUUGGUCGCUUAACCCAUCGGACAGAGCCGGAUCUUAAGACGCAUACUUCUUAUCUGGUUUUCGCUAUCUUGCCUCGGGACUGGUCUGAGGAGGAUGAGCAGAGGUGCAGGCAGGAAUGGCCUUCUGAGAAGAUUGCUAAGCCUGAUGAUAAACCGGUUAAGAGCAAGAAGCAGAUGAAGAAAGAGGCCGCGUUGGAGCGGAUACGCAUUCGGGAGGAGAAGAAGCAACAGGAGCGGGAUGGACAGGCUGCUGGGGCUGGUCAGACUGAGGGCGAGGUCCAGCCUGAGACGACUGAGGCGGAGAUCGAGAAAGAGGUCAAGUUUGACGAGAUGACCGAUGCAUGA